AUUGUAAUUCCUACAUAUACUUUAUUAGUUUAUUUAUCUCCUUCCAUUGCUACAUAUCCUACAAAAGAAGCAACAAAGAAAUUAUCAGCGUACAAAUAUAAAAGGGAUGUACACGCAUUACCAUUCCAAAUAGAUUGUGAAAAGUACAAACAAAAGAUAGAGAAAAAAAAAUCUAUAAAAUUUAAUAGUUGAAUGAUGAAUAUUGAAUAAUCUAACCGUCCAUCGCAACUUAGUGUCAUCGAUGGACCACUUAUUGCCGUCAUAUAAUAACAUGUCAAAUGUUGUUGAUAACCACACUUUUGCUAAAAAUUCUGUGUCAAACCCCAUUGUGGUUUUGUCCUUUAUUUAUUUGAUUGAAGUUGUAUAAUGCAAAGUUUCUCUUAACCAACCCCUAAAACUUCUCUAAUUAAAUUCCACAGUCAAAGCCCCAGAAUCUUUGAGAGAAAAAAGGAGCACAUUUUUUUUUCAGCUCCAACAGCAAUUCUUUUGUAAAGGCAACUCAAUAAUCUUCUCUCUUACCCAUUUUCAUUUUUUUCAUUCUGGAUGGUUAUAUUUUGGUACCCAUUUUUCAACAGUGAUGAAGCAUCAUAGGUCACCGCACCACCAACAGAGGACUUGGGCUGAAAUAUGUUGUUUGGGUUGGUCCUGCAUACAGCUCUUCUGGGCAAAGGUGGUCAUGCGCAAGUGGCUUAACAUGGGAAGCUAUGAGUCUGAUUACAGUGCUGAUCCUGAUGAUGACGAUGAUGAUUCUGAAAGUGGUUCAGACAAUGAAGAAUGGGGAAGACAGUCACGGUUUGCAAAUAACAGACGUGAUGAAGAUGAAGCUCCAUCUGAAUCCAAAGAAUUUCUUCCAAAGUUAAGGAGGCAAAAGUCAUCUACUUUUAGAUCUCAGUAUAUAAACAAAAAGGAGCUGAGGGUAUGUGUUGGGACGUGGAAUGUAGGAGGAAAACUUCCACCUGACGACCUUGAUAUUGAUGAUUGGCUAGGUAUCAGUGAACCAGCUGACAUCUAUGUCCUUGGUCUUCAGGAGAUUGUACCCUUAAACCCUGGUAACAUUUUUGGUGCUGAAGAUACUCGUCCUGUUCCAAAAUGGGAGAAUAUUAUUCGAGAUACACUCAAUAGAGUUCGACCUGAAAUACCAAAGAUAAAGUCCUUCAGUGACCCUCCGUCUCCAUCAAAAUUUAAGCCAUCAGAUGAUGUCCCGGAUAUAGAAGAAGAAUUAUUACUUGAAAGUGAUAGUGAUGUUGGUGAGGAAGUCCAUCCUUUGGAUGAAGAAAACAAUAUUUGUGAUGGAGGUUCUAAUGGAAUAUUCAUGGAUGAAUCUAUGAAUACAAGUUUAUCAGCUUCUGAUGCUGCUUAUAUUGCAAACUCCGACUUGCCAGUUAAAACUGAUUUACAGAGACAGUUUUCUUUUCCAAAGAUGUUUGAUAGGCAACAAGGUUUGCCAGAAAACAUGGACACGUCAUUUGUCCAACAGGACACUAAACUAACCCGAAUGCUUAGUGGGUCUGAAAGGAUUGGUUUGAGCUGGCCUGAGCCUCCACUACAUCUGCUUUCUCAGCGCGUCUUGGAUAGACCAACUUCUUUUAAAUCACUCAAAUCCUUUAAAUCAUCAAAGUCGUUCAAAACAUAUAACUCUUUCAAGUCAAUUAUGGAUGAAAAGCCAGGGAUAGGAUUGCUUCCUGAAAUUGACCUUGAAACUUUGAUAAAGCGAAAAAGAAGAUCAUCAUAUGUAAGGAUUGUGAGCAAGCAAAUGGUUGGGAUUUUCAUCACCAUAUGGGUUCGUCGGAGCUUGCGUAAACAUAUUCAGAAUUUAAAGGUUUCAACUGUUGGUGUUGGUGUUAUGGGCUAUAUUGGUAACAAGGGAUCAAUAUCUGUCAGCAUGUCCAUACAUCAGACACUUUUUUGUUUCAUAUGUUCCCACCUUACCUCAGGUGAAAAGGAAGGAGACGAACAUAAAAGAAAUGCUGAUGUUCAUGAAAUACUCCGUAGAACCCACUUUCAUUCACUUUCUUAUAUUGGGCUUCCCAAAGGAAUCCUUGAUCAUGAAAGAAUCAUUUGGUUGGGUGAUCUGAAUUAUCGUAUCAAUUUAUCAAAUGUGGAAACAAAAGCUCUUAUCUCAAGAAAGCAGUGGGCAACAUUGGUUGAGAAAGAUCAGCUCAUGCGAGAACUCAAGAAUGGUGUGUUUGGAGGAUGGUCAGAAGGCAUGUUAAACUUUCCACCAACUUAUAAGUAUGAGGUUAAUUCAGAUAAAUACUACGGAGAGGAUCCUAGGGCUGGAAAGCGCUCACCAGCAUGGUGUGAUCGUAUUCUUUCAUAUGGAAAGGGUAUGAGAUUAUUGAGUUACAGAAGGGCUGAGCUCAAACUGUCUGAUCACAGACCUGUGACUGCCACGUAUAUGGUUGAAGUUGAGGCAUACUGUCCUAGGAAGCUACAGCGAGCCCUAACUUUCACUGAUGCAGAGAUCGAAAAUGAACAAGUCAUACCAAAUUUAAGUAAUUGGAAUUUUGCUGCUUAACUGGAACAGGGAUACAUCUUGAGUUGUAAAGGAGAUUAACUUGCUGAAUUUCAGGGAGCAUCAGUGAUUGCUGUUGCAACUUCUAACACUCACAUUGCCACUUCUAGAAUUAGAUUCAUUCAUUUUUUCUUCUUCAUUCUCUCUCUCUCUCCCUCUCUCUCCUUUUUGUUUUUUUACUGGAAAGGUUUGUAAUAUGAUUUUUCCUUUUGGGGAUGUUACCAAUAAGAUAUAGAGCUAGUUGUUUGAUUGGCUAUAUCUUGUAUAUGUACAUUAUAUAUUAUUAUUAUGUGAUUGAGGUGUGCAUUGUAUGCAGCAUCUUUUAGUGGAGGAGCUGCAUCUAUGUUUAUAAAAUAAAUAUGGGUUUAUCUUUCUAGGA